AUGGAACCAAACUAUACUCAGGAAGAGUUGCUGGAACACAUUCGGCAACACACUAACACGCAAAACGAACUCGUCAGGGAAAUGAAUAGCCUGAAAGCGAGGUCAAGCGAGUCUAUUAUAAAUUUUAGAACGCCGGACAGCAUCCGCUAUCUACCCACUUACGAAGGUAAAAAACACGAAACCCGCGCGUGGAUCGAGGACGUAGAGAGUGAGCUCCAACUCUUUGACGAGUAUAAGAAUAGUGCAAUUUACGACCAAAUAGUUAGGGCAGUGAAAAGCAAAAUAACCGGGGAAGCUAGAGAAGCAAUAAUUGCCGCCGGGAAUGUUAGCACGUGGCCCGAGAUAAAGGAAGUAUUGCAAAACUUCUUUGACGAUAAAAGGGAUUUAGCUUCCCAUUUGCAAACCCUUUUCUACGAAAAGCAGGGAAAUAAGACCUUGCUAGAAUAUUAUGAUAACUUAAAAAGUGUUUCAUCUAAAAUAAGGGCAAUCACCACAGUGACCGAAGAAUAUAAAAAAUCUAUUGAAGGGGUCCAUCAUUUGAUUGGAGUUAUCACACUCACACGCUUCAUCGAUGGCCUUGAGGGAUCGUUAUCCUCGUACGUUAGGUGUAGCAAACCGAAAAAUAUAGACGAAGCGUAUUCAAUAUCCGCAGAAUAUACUAACGCUGCAUACCGAAAAAAGUUAGAACGCAUACCGAUACAGGAUCGAAAACAAAAGCCGGAUACAUACGAGCUACCGUCAACGUCGUACGGAUCGCGUAAGAUAGGACAAAGUCCAAAGCCUUUAUCUGGAAAGUACGAGCCCCUACAGAUUACGGCUAGUGAUGCCUCAAUGAGAACCGUGAAUUCUAAAAUGCAGAUAAAUAAUAACGAUGUAGAACAAUUUGCAAACACAAACGAUACUGAACUGGAUGAGCUAAAUUUUCGCAUGGAUCAGAAAAAAAAGGAAGAACUUUGA